CUCUGUGUGUUUUCACGUGACCUCAGACAGCCCUGUGAGGCAGCAGCUCGCACUGAAAGCAAAAGGCAACAGCGCAGUUUGCAGCUCACUACUUACUUACUGUGACACAGAGAGGACACUGGUUAUAUGCGAGGAUGUUUUCACUCGGGGAGAAAAUGGAGUUCCUCAUAGGAAACCCCUUUUCAACGCCUGUCGGUCAGAGAGUCGAGCGAGCAACCAGCAGCUCUCUGCAGUCGGAGGAUUGGGCGCUUAACAUGGAGAUAUGCGACAUCAUCAACGAGACAGAUGAGGGGCCCAGAGAUUCAGUCAAAGCUAUUAAGAAGAGAAUCGUAGGAAACAAGAACGUCAGAGAGAUCAUGUUGGCUCUUACUGUUCUUGAGACCUGCGUGAAGAACUGCGGUCAUCGUUUCCACGUUCUUGUGGCAUCUCAGGAGUUUGUUGAAACAGUUUUGGUCCGUUCAAUUCUGCCUAAAUACAACCCCCCUACUGCCCUCCAUGACAGGGUGCUCAGCCUCAUACAGUCGUGGGCUGAUGCGUUUCGUAGCUCUCCCUCCCUGGUGGGGGUGGUGUACGUAUAUGACGACCUGAGGAGGCGCGGGCUCGAGUUCCCCAUGACAGACCUGGAUGCUCUGUCCCCCAUCCACACGCCGAACAGGAGUAUUCCAGAAAACGGGACUUCUGAGGCACCCCCUGUAGCCACUCCCACGCCUCAGUCACGACAAGAAGCACCUUCCAGUGUUCCCGCUCAGAGUACUUCACCCCCAGUCCAGCCAAGUGAGGGAUCAGGCUCCCUCACUGCAGAACAGGAACAGAAGCUGAGAAGUGAGCUUGCGCUGGUGAAGGGAAAUUUCACUGUGAUGUCAGAAAUGCUGAAUGAUUUAAUACCUGGACAGAGCAAGGAAGACGAUACAGAGCUGCUACAGCAGCUGUAUUCGGUGUGUAAGAGCAUGCAGAUUCGGGUGGUGGAGCUCAUCCCGCAACUGCUGGAUGAAGGGCUUAUUGAGGAGCUGCUCGCGGUCAACGAUGACCUCAACAACGCUUUCAUCCGCUAUGAGAGGUUUGACAGACUGAACAAGGCACAGAUGACAAAUACUCAACAGCAGAGCUCUACCACAAGUCCAAGCUUCAUCAACCUCAGCCCCGAGCCUUCGACUCUCAACCAGCCUGCCGUCAUCACAGCGACCAGUCAACCAGCAGUCAACACUUGGGCCAAUCAACAGCAAUCACCCAACCACACAGGGGAGGAGGAGUUUGACAUGUUUGCCCACACGAGAGGCAGCUCCCUGGCUGAGCAGAGGAAAAGUGUCAGGUACGAGGACCCAGGAGCUGUGGAGGGUCUUGCAGGAGCUCUGGAUACGAGGUUGCAGGUUACAGGAGGGAUGCCACCAGCCAAAAAGUCGGUGCAGAACGAUAUUGACAAAUUGUUAUUUAGUGAUAUGGAAGAGCAGUCUUCAGUCAGCGAGGGAGUGUCCAGUGAAGAGUUUGAUAAGUUUCUGGAAGAUCGGGCGAAAGCAGCCAACCCUGGCACCGAGACAAUUCGCAGCGUGCCAUCCUCCACACCCUCCACAUCCAGACCGCCGCCGCAAUCUACCCGGCAACAGGACAGAUCACAUGACAACCUUUUUUCACUUUGAGUUUGAGGACAAACGAGUAGUUAGUGGAUGUAAAUGUCACCAUACACACAACAAAACUUCUCAAAUGCUGUGCCAAAGUCAGGUGUUCUCUGAAAGCACACACACACCUGACACUAGAAAACUGCUGUAUAAUCAGCUCAUUGCUUAAAUGCAUGUAUUUUAUAGUUAAUUCUGUUGUUUGUUGUCUUAAUGUAAUUAUAAAUAACUUUACUGACUGUAUUUUUUAAAUGUAUUAUUACAAAGAACGUAAGUUACAUCAAGUGUUCACAGUUCUGUAUAAUGUUAAAAAAUAUAUUUGAUAAUAGGCCAUUAUGUGCCUUUGAUCCAGCUGAUUUUGUGUAGUUGAGAAUAAAUGCUCUAUUGUCCUGCAAA